AUGGAACGCACCAAGGGCGAACCAGAACACAGGCCACCUCCCUACCUUCCUCAACCAGGAGACGAACUUCCGGCGCAACCGGGAGGAUCCAUGGAUCCUAUUGGUCCGUGGGCCACCGGCCGAGUGACUUUCACGCCAAAGGAUGGUUUAACAGGCGUGAGACCCGUUCACGACCGCUAUUCUGUGACCCAAUUUGGCGCGCCACAAUGGAGGGCCCACAAUCUGAAGUUUUUUCAGCAGUCGAGCGAGAAGAUUCGUGACGCACAGCUCGCGAUACACAAAGCGAAAGAAUGCGUCAAUCGAUCGUACCGAGAAGCGGACAAGACGCAAUUGGAGACGACGGAUCAUCUGAAGAAACGAGCGGCCGAUGUGCACCGUUGGAAGAUCGAGUUGGAACACGUGAUAUUCGAGAUCACCAAGGAAAUCGAAUUACUGGAGGCGCAACGAAGAAGAGUGAAACUCUCCCUGUCGGUCCUAACUGUUCCGGAAUCGAUCGCCGGUGAAUUCUUACAGUUGCGAUCUAAACGUUUGGAGUCUGAUCUAAUCCGCGACGAAGUUGAAGAGGAGUUGACGAAGGAAGUUGCCCUUUGCUCGGAGAUACGGGACUUACUUAUCAGAACACGGGAACAAAUCGAGGUGCAACUGAUCGAGUUGAAGGCAGCCAAAGCAAGAAUGGAGGUCGACUGGUCCGAUAAGACCGAUGCUUAUCGCAUCGAUUCUCGUUGUAUGCAGCUGAAAAAUGAUUCUCCUGUUAUAUUGUGGAAACUUGGCGCCACGAGAUUUCCAGCAGAACAAUCGACUCCCGAGAGUUACGAGCAUUACACGCGUGAAAGUUUAACCGAUGCCGAGAUUGCCAGACAGAAAUCAGUGACCUUGAGAUCAACCUUGGACGGAAUUUACACGAAUUCCAUCAAGGACCUCCGUGACCAAGCGACCCGCGUGGAUCUCGCUCUUGGCACAAAGAUCAAGCUCACGGAGGAAGUCCGUGUACAAUUGGAAAAGGAAUUAUUACGCUGUCUGCAUGAAUUGGCGAAUACCGAAAAAGCGAUCGAGGAGCUUCGUCAUUCCGCGAGGGGUCUCGAUUGUGCAAUGAAAGUAGCGCAAACACGAUUAGCAGAGAGAUUGAAACGAUGUAACGUUGAAAGCUGUCGGGAUAUACCCCAAUUUGCCCUCGUGGAAGAAGUGAAAAUGCUCAACGAACGCACCUCCGCCAUGUUGGCGGAAUUGAAGCGAGCCGAGGAGACGCAGGCUGGUCUGGUGAAGGCUAGAAGCGACCUUGAACGUGAAAUUGUCGUGAAAAGAAAAACAUUGUUUAUAGACAAGCAGCGGGGUCAAUUGUUACGCUCUUUUUAUCCUUCGGCCGCGACUCUGUCUGGUUUUUAGUAUUAAUCGAAUAUUUACGUUGCAACGCUUUAGCGAAGAAGUUGGC